AAACGAUACUUAAUGUUAUUGCAGUGUUGUCGACUUGUAGUCACUCAUCAUCUGCCCCCGGGUCAGCUUCCAGGCAAAAGCCUCCAAAUGUAAACUCCCUUUUCCCCUCUUCUUUCACAAAUUAUUCUCUUUCACACUUCAUUAUCCUCGUCUUCAUCUCCUUCUUCUUCUCAACAAUUUAAAAACCCCAUCAGAAGAAGAAGCAGAGCUUAUUCAGUGGGAUUUCCAUCUCUGGGUUGCUGCUGCUUUUGCAACCUGCAUUCACUUCGAUGGACAACAGGUCAAAAGUAUUAGAAAUGAGUGAUCUUGAAAAAGAUGAGACGCCAAUGCUUUCAGAUGCUCAUUCACAAUAUUUGGAUAAACCUAGGGUUUCUCACUCGGAUAGACUUACCUCUAGAAAUCGGAGUGCAUCCAGUUCCAUUCCUAUGAACUCCAUGGAGUCCUAUCAAACUGAAAGCAACCUUGUAAAUCAUACUGGUCCCUUGAGGAAUGAAAAGAAAACUCCGUUCAUACCAAUGAGUGGCCCACUGUUAAAAUCUGAGGGCUUUUUUCCUCCUACUCCUGGUGUACGGGGCCACAGAAAGGCAGAGCCAAGGGCAGAAAAUUUUCCUUCAUUUAAUGGAAUGGAAUGGAAUAAUUGGCCCCAUAACAACUAUGCUGGAAAAAAUGAACAUCUUCUGAGGUCUGGACAGUUGGGAGUAUGUAAUGAUCCUUACUGCACAAUAUGCCCAACACAUUUCAUUGACUCUAGACAGCAAAGGAACUCAAAGUUUCAUAGUGCUUUCUAUGGAGAUGCUAGAGGAUGGGCAAGGAGAUUUUUUUCUUCUCUACAAUCAUAUGUUCCUGGAAUCAUGAACCCUCAUACUAAAGUUGUUCAACAAUGGAAUAGAUUUUUUGUCAUUUCUUGCUUGUUGGCAAUUUUUGUAGACCCUUUAUUUUUCCUCUUGCUGUCUGUGCAACAGGAAAAUAAGUGCAUAAUUAUUGACUUGCCCCUGACAAAAACAAUUGUGGCUUUCAGAAGCAUGACUGAUUUCAUUUACUUGUUGAACAUGCUUCUACAGUUUAGGCUGGCCUAUGUUGCUCCAGAGUCUAGAGUGGUUGGUGCCGGCGACUUAGUUGACCAUCCAAAAAAAAUUGCUAUCCAUUACCUUCAUGGAUAUUUUUUAAUUGAUUUAUUUAUUGUUUUACCGCUUCCUCAAGUAAGUCUUUUCUCUUUCAUGCUGACGUUUUCUUCUUGA